AUGAAAUGCAUUGGGUACUUCGAAGGAUGGCUUGAUCACAAAUGGUUCGCAAUGAUAAUGUGGCAAGUAUGCUCGUUAAUGCUUUCAGCUUUGGCAAUAUUUUGCAAGUUCUUAGAACAGAUUGCUGGUUUCACAUUACCUUUUCUUCAAUUAGCAAUAUCAUACGUUGCGUUAUUACUCAUUAACCUUUGGAAAUUACCGAAAACUACCGCUUCCUGGUUCGGAUAUAUCAUGGUUGGAUUAUUAAAUCUCGGUGGCGAUGUAUCAUCUAUAUACGCUUACACUCUAACUUCGAUUUCAUCAGCCCAGUUACUUGUUACAACCGUUAUUUUUUGGGUUGCUCCCUUAGCUUUCUUUGUAUUUAAGAGAAAACUAACGCUCUGGCAAAUAUUAGCUAUAUUUAUUGGAAUGGGAGGCGUAGUUAUCGUCUUCCUUGAGGACGGCGUUGGUGAUUCACGUUGGCUAGGUAACAUGAUUGCUCUUAUUUCCGCAAUUUGCUAUGCAAUUGCAACUACUUUAGAAGAAAAACUAGUUCACGAAGGAUCAAUAGCAAUAUAUCUUUUCAGAUUUGGAACUACUACAUCUCCAAUUUCGAUAAUUUUGAUGUUUGCCGUUGAAUUUAAGACAAUAAAGAAAUAUCUCUGGGUUGCAUCAACAAUAUCACUUAUAAUUGCAUACGGAAUAGUAAUGGCUCUAUAUUAUACACUUGUUCCUGUGAUUAUGAAACAUUCAAACGCUACAGAGAUGAAUCUCUCAUUUUUAACAUCAAAUUUCUUCUCGUUAUUCAUUGAUUGCUUAAUAUUCAAGCACAAACUUACAUGGCCAUACGUAGUUGGCUUUUUAUGCGUUCCAUUUGCAAUUGUUCUGUUUUGUUUGUUCCCUUAUAAGAAGACUGAGGAAGAAGCUAAUCAGUCAUUCGACGCUGAUGUAGAAAGUAACAACGAUCUCGAAGACAAAGAAAAAAUUGUUGAAGAUCCAAAAAAACAGGAAAACGAAGAAGUUCAAGAACCGGCUCCAAAUUAA